AUAUCUUUUAUGGUAGGUAAACCAUCAUCGGUAAACCGGCUACUUAAUGCACAUUAAAUUAAAUGGACUGUUCACGUUAAAGUUAAAAAAACGGGUAAUGUUUAAAAUUUACACAAGUGAUAAGACUUAAGAUAUAAACACGCUGAAAGAGUUAAAAAUUAAGUCAUAAUAAUAGUUUUGCUUUGUCUAAUUAAGUUAUUGGAAAACUCAUUUUAUUAUUCAAAGAAAUGGCUACCGAUAAUCUUUAUCUACCGUCUGUUUAUAGACAAGUAGUUACUGAACACUUUCAGUCAAAUAGUUGGCGAGAAAUUCUAAUAAAUCCUGAAGGGGCUUCAACGACUCUACGAGAUGAAAGUACAUUACCUCGAUCAGGUGGACACCGUUUUAAGGAUAUUCCUAAUCGAUUCCUAUUUUGGCGAGUUCUGUAUGACAAACUGGAGUUGAUAGAACAUAGUUUGGAUUCCAAUUUAACUGAAAAUCAAGUGCGUAUACAUUUUCGUGAUUCACCAGUUUUAGAUAGCGGAAUCUCAGUGUACGAGACUUCGGAUUCUGUUGUUUUACUAGUACCCACUGCGUGUAGUUGUCACAGGUUUUCAUUUUCACGUCCUGUUCGACACAAUAAUGAAACGCAAAACGAAAAUGUAUCAAUGGACGCAUCUAUAUUUUCAAAUUUUAAUAUCCCUGCGAUCGACGAUCCAGCUACAUUUUACUCGUAUAAUGCUGAACUCAGUCAUCCAUAUUCUGCUGCGUCUUGUUUAGACCAAAAAAAUGACGCCAUAUUUAUUAUAGCGUUGCAAAAUAACGUAAUGCUUUAUAUACGCUUAGAAUAUAUUUCAGGACUUCCAACUUUAAAAGAAAUAUGUCAAGAAUCCGCUGUACCACGAAUGCUGUCGAACAUAACAAAAGUGUUUUCGACUCAUGUUGAAAACCCAGUUAUUAACAGUUUGGCGGUUCAUCCGUUCCAACAAGACAUAUACGUUUAUUCUCUUGAUGAAGCUUGUGAAUUAAAAGUUUGGUCUAUUGAUAAAUCAGUUUAUAUUUAUAUAAUGGAUAUGAAAAAAUAUUACGCAGCUUCGGCUGAAAAUGGUUCAAGACCACAUAUUAUUCACAAACGUUUUGACGACCAACUUUUGCUAACAAUUUACCUAAGCUUAUCAGAAAGCUCAAAAUUUGUUGUUUUAGAACCGUGCACCGAUCACGGUAUGUUCAAACUUCAACAAAAAUUUGUCGUUUGUUCGCCAAUGAGCCAUCGACUAGUCGAUAUGGCGUUAUACGGAGAUGAUAUAUGGUGUAUUUGGAGAACAGGAAAAGACAUCGCGUGUAUAAAAUCUGUUAAUGUGAGAAGUGGCGAAUGGAAAAAUUGUAUAUUAGAUUCAACUUCGUUUGAACAACCUCUUUCCUAUUCAUCGAACCCCAAAGAAACAUACUUGGAUAAAAUAUUUUCUUCUCCGACAUUUUUUACAGAAAAUGAUUUAAAAAAUGCUAUAGCUGUUUAUGAUACUUCGGACAACUGUGAAUUAGUUACCGAUUAUCGUUCUAAAAUCAGCAAUGCAAUUGAUACCAAAGUUUCUCAAGAAAUGGAUAAAUAUGAAUCUACGGAUAUCGAGUCUCAGUGGCAACUUGUUGAACAGUGCAGUGCUAGUUUCUAUAAAAGUUGUUUGGAUUAUCGGCGUAAAAGAUUAGCUCCACUCGGUCUUAUAUGGCUUGGCCAGUCUUCUAAUUUACUCGUAGUCAUUACCAAUUCGAGUUUCUGUUUUCUACGUCCUACCGAUAUUAUUGAAGACAAGGUAUUUUUAGUUCAAACUUCUAUGCAAGAAAAUGAAUUAAACCGCUUGAUUAAAGUAUUGAUGUUGGAAGAAAAAGACAAAUCUGGAUUACUUUUAGACAUAAAUAUUACUCCGAGUAAUUUAAUUAAUUUAAUAAAAGAGUCUUAUAAGUUUGACAACAGUAAUCCAGACAUCACGUUAUUUUUAAAUGGACGUAAUAUUGGUGAUACAGUUCGUUCAUUAAUUAUAAUGCUUUAUACAGAUGUGGAGAAAACAUUUGAAACUUCCAUAAACAACAAUAGUUUUAAAAGUAAAUUAGGCCUUAGUGUUGUGUCUCAUAGUUUUCACCAACUGGUCGUAACACGCUUUGAUUUAUGUUGUCGGCUUUUUGCGUUGAUGGAACUAAAUACCAGAUGUUACGGCCAAACUAGUGAAUUUGUCAUUGACGCCCGUACUCUUUUAUAUAGUUACUGGAUUUUAGCCGUAUUCUCAUAUGACAUUAAACUAUGUGAAAAACUGUUUUUUACCUAUCAUACAAAUUUGGCCAAAACGCCUUUUAUGGAUUGUCUGAAUAAUUUAUUGGAAUAUACCUGGCCGCUCAUUAACGGGUCUACACUGGCGAAUUUCUUACUUGAUGAGGGACGUUAUAAUUAUAUACAGCGUAUGUCUCAGUUACUAGAUUACAGUAAAUGGGAUGAAACAUUAGUUAUGUCAUAUAUGUUAAACAAUGAACCAGAUAAAGCACUCGAUGUGCUUAAAAAUGACAUUAAUAAGGAUAUUUCCCAUUUUCUCAAAACUAUUACAUUAUUUGAAAAGCAUAGUUAUUAUGAGCACGCCAUACAACUUGGCAAACACGUUCUAGAAAUGUCUAUGCAUAGUGGCGACGAAAGUAUGACGUCCAUGUUUCAUUCAAAUAUUUUUCUCAACAAUCUGAAAAUAAAAGCAUAUAGCGACGCUUAUAACAACAUUUUAUGCCUGAAAGAUCAAGAUAGAAAAUUGAACUGUUUACACACAUUUGUAUUGACAUUGUUAGAGAAUGGAGAAAAGGAAAAAUUGCUGAGUUUCAAGUUUUCUGGACUACAGAGCUCUGUAGAAGAUAUAGUAUUGAAAAAAGCCCGUUCUCUGUCCAAUGCUGACGCUGAACUGUAUUACAUGUUUUUGUGUUCCAUGCAUGACAAGUAUGGAAAGUACAAAAAACUUGCUACGACUUUUUAUGAAUUGUACCUAAGAGCAGACUCAUGUAUGGCACAAGAACAGUACUUAAGAUUGUCUCUCUUGUAUUUAGAGAGUUUGAGUCCUGAAAAGGCAUGGUUUGUUACAACAAAAUUACCUUUUCAUUCCAAAUCAGACGACUUAUAUAACAAAAAUAAUGGCUUGAUACAAAUAGAAGAUUUGAAAAAAUAUUGUUGGCUGGCUCGUGCUCGUCAACAAAUUGAAGAAUCCACAACAGAUAUGGAUGUGCUAAGUGUUGUAUCCGUUUUGAUAAUGAAACAUAAAUACAAAGAAGUAAUGCGUUUAUCGAAGAUGUGGAACCUACCAAUGUAUUACCCGUUGCGGGAAUUGGUGAAAACUUGCUUGACCUUAACUGAUCCUAAUGAAUGCGAAAAAGCUUGGCUAUGGUUAGCCGACAACGAAGUCAUUGGUAACGGUAUAGAUAGUGGAAAGAUUGCUUGGCAAUUUUUAGAAACAUUAGUAAACAGAUAUGAAGAAAAAGAUCAAACCUCACUACACUUUCAUGUCGCUGAUGAAAUGUUAAUGAAUAAAGCGUUUUUGCCUAGUUGGCUUGUCAAAAACUAUAAAGAAAGAAACAUAGGGGAGUUAUUGCAACUUUAUUUGAGUUACGGCGAACUAAUCAACUGUGCAGAUUUGAUUUUAGAACUUUUUGAAAUUGCUAAUCAAGAUAACAACUUAAACAAUUAUUCACUUGGCAAAACUGUACCGACAGAUAUUAUUGAGUGUCUAAUUGUUAACCUAAAACACCAUAAAUUGACACUUGGGGAUGAACUUUUAAAUAAGUAUAGAACAUUCUGUGAUCAAAUUGUUACUCUUGAAAGCAAAAAUUAUAUAGAAGAAAAUCAGUUUAUGAACUACUAAUAUAUUGUAAAUUACCUCUCAAUUAUUAUAUUCUCUGCAGUAAAUACAUUUUAUUGUUUAUUACAUUUUAUAUAUUAAACUAUGUGUCCUUUCUUUUGUGUAAUAUUAAGUAAACUAAUAAACAUGUUACUUUUUAAGAACCAACACUUGUAAUUAUUUAAUAACAUUUUUUAACACACUUUAUGAAUUACAGAAGUUGUUCCAAGAAUGCCGUUGUAGUCUUACGACAUUAUAAAUCAUAGUUUGGUGCUCACAAUUUUAAGAUAAGAGCUAGUUUUUCUAAAUGAUUUUACCAUUUAAUGUGUAUAUAGAGUGUGUUUAUUUUCAAUAAUUGUAUUAAUAAUACUGAUGUUAUUGAUCAAUCAAAUUAUUAAGAGAUAGAAACAUUGA